ACGCGGAAUUUUCAGGGGCGCGCACGUCUCGUGGCCGUAAAUACGUGGGUGGAACGCGCCGGCGUUCUUUCUUUCUCUCGUCCUGAAGAUGGCGGCAGGGACUCUGUACACAUACCCAGACAACUGGAGGGCAUUCAAGGCCCAGAUUGCUGCCCAGUACAGCGGCGCUCGCCUCAAGGUGGCCAGCAACCCUCCUGCCUUCACCUUUGGGCAGACGAACCGUUCCCCUGCUUUCAUCAGCAACUUCCCUUUAGGCAAGGUACCCGCCUACCAGGGUGAUGACGGCUUCUGUCUGUUUGAGAGUAAUGCCAUUGCUCACUACUUGAGCAAUGAUGCCCUGCGCGGCGCCACUCCUCAGGCUGCUGCCCAGGUGCUGCAGUGGGUGAGCUUUGCUGAUUCAGAGAUCAUCCCUCCAGCCAGUGCAUGGGUCUUCCCCACUCUAGGAAUCAUGCAGUUCAACAAGCAGGCCACAGAGCAGGCCAAGGAGGAUGUGAAGAAGGUCCUCACGGUGCUGAACCAGCACCUGACCACCCGCACGUUCCUUGUGGGAGAGAGAGUGAGCCUGGCGGACAUUACUGUGGCCUGCUCCAUGGUUUGGCUCUUCAAGCAGGUGUUGGAGCCGUCCUUCCGCCAGCCUUAUCCCAACGUGACCCGCUGGUUUGUCACCUGCGUCAACCAGCCUCAGUUCAAGGCUGUUCUCGGAGAAGUCAAGCUGUGUGAAAAGAUGGCUCAGUUUGAUGCCAAGAAGUUUGCUGAGAUGCAGCCCAAGAAAGAAACCCCAGCCAAAAAAGAAAAGGCUGGAAAAGAGGCAGCCAAACCCCAGGAGAAGAAAGAAAAGAAAAAGGAGGAGAAGAAGCCUGCUCCAGAAGAAGAAAUGGACGACUGUGAUGCUGUUUUGGCUGCCGAGCCCAAAGCCAAGGACCCCUUCGCACACCUGCCAAAGAGCGCAUUCGUCAUGGAUGAAUUCAAGAGGAAGUAUUCCAACGAGGACACCAUGACGGUAGCGCUUCCUCACUUCUGGGAGAACUUUGACAGAGAGGGCUACUCAAUCUGGUAUGCUCAGUACAAAUACCCCGAGGAGCUCACGCUCACCUUCAAGAGCUGCAACCUUAUCACAGGUGAGACUCAGCAGGAGUGGCUCAUUUCAAAGGGUUGCUUGUGAAUGCUUGCCAUCUCA